AUUAUUGUAAACAUAGCUUCUUCACCAUGAAACUAUUAGUCGUUGUAGUCGCCCUGGCCGCCGCCGUCCUGGCCGAGGAGCCCAUCUUCAAGGACUACCACCAGGACAUCGGUAUCGAGCUCGCCGCUAAGAUCAAGGCGCGCGAGGAAGCCGCUGACUUCGACGGCUCCAGGAUCACCGGAGGAAAUGCUGCCGCCCUCGGCGCUCACCCCCAUUUGGGUGGUCUAGUCAUUGCUCUGACCAGUGGCUGGACUUCUGUCUGCGGUUCCUCCCUCCUGUCCAACACUCGCGCCGUCACCGCCGCCCACUGCUGGACCCACGGCAACAGCCAGGCUCGUCAGUUCACCGUCGUCCUCGGCUCCACUCUCCUCUUCUCUGGCGGCACCCGUGUCACCACCACCUCCGUCCAGGUCCACGCCAACUACAACCAGAACAACUUGAACAACGACAUCGCUAUCAUCAACCUUAGCUGGGUCACCUACACCAACAACAUCCAGCCCAUCGCCCUCCCGACUUCCCAAGUCAACAACAACUUCGCCGGCACCUGGGCCUGGGCUGCCGGCUUCGGCGCCACCGGCGACAACAACCCCAUCACCAACAACCAGUUCCUGAGCGAAGUCUCCCUGCAAGUGAUCACCAACGCUGUCUGCGCGUCCACCUACGGCAGCUCUGUCGUCGCCAACUCCGUGAUCUGUGUCAGCGGCCAGGGCCGCAGCACCUGCGGAGGAGACUCCGGUGGCCCUCUGUGGCUCUGGGUUGGCAACCAGCGCAAUUUGAUCGGUAUCACUUCCUUCGGCCACGUGAGCGGUUGCCAGAGGAACUUCCCCGCUGGUUUCGCGAGGGUCACCUCCUUCAUCAGCUGGAUCCAGCAGCGUCUCAUCUUCGUGAUAGUACCUAUCAAUAUGAAAUUCUUGGUUGUAGUAGUCGCCCUGGCCGCCGCCGUCCUGGCCGAGGAGCCCAUCUUCAAGGACUACCACCAGGACAUCGGUAUCGAGCUCGCCGCUAAGAUCAAGGCGCGCGAGGAAGCCGCUGACUUCGACGGCUCCAGGAUCACCGGAGGAAAUGCUGCCGCCCUCGGCGCUCACCCCCAUUUGGGCGGUCUAGUCAUCACUCUGACAACAGGCCAGACCUCAGUCUGCGGUUCCUCCCUCCUCUCCAAUACGCGUUCCGUCACCGCCGCCCACUGCUGGAGACACGGCAACAGCCAGGCUCGCCAGUUUGUGGUCGUCCUCGGCUCCAUUCGCCUCUUCACCGGCGGCACCCGUGUCACCACCACCUCCGUCCAGGUCCACGCCAACUACAACCAGAACAACUUGAACAACGACAUCGCUAUCAUCAACCUUAGCUGGGUCACCUACACCAACAACAUCCAGCCCAUCGCCCUCCCGACUUCCCAAGUCAACAACAACUUCGUCGGCACCUGGGCCUGGGCUGCCGGCUUCGGCGCCACCGGCGACAACAACCCCAUCACCAACAACCAGUUCCUGAGCGAGGUCUCCCUGCAAGUGAUCACCAACGCUGUCUGCGCGUCCACCUACGGCAGCUCUGUCGUCGCCAACUCCGUGAUCUGUGUCAGCGGCCAGGGCCGCAGCACCUGCGGCGGAGACUCCGGUGGCCCUCUGUGGCUCUGGGUUGGAAACCAGCGCAACCUUAUCGGCAUUACCUCCUUCGGCCACUCGAGCGGUUGCCAGAGGAACUUCCCCGCUGGUUUCGCCAGGGUCACCUCCUUCAUCAGCUGGAUCCAGCAGCGUCUCUGAACCAGAAUCGCUUCGAAAUCGGACCGAAUCUAAUGUACCUUUAGUUAUUUAAUAAAUGAUCGUAUUAUUAAAA